AUGAGGAAAUACAAACUCAAAAUGAACCCUUUAAAGUGUGCUUUUGGGGUAUUUGCUGGAAAUUUCUUAGGCUUUUUAGUACAUCAUAUAGGAAUAGAAGUGGAUGCUAAUAAAGCCAAAGCCAUUCUGCGGGCAAGAGCUCCAGCCAACAAGAAAGAGUUGCAAAGUUUUCUUGGAAAAGUAAAUUUUUUGAAGAGAUUCAUAGCUGAUUUGGCUAAGAAGACUUUAGCAUUCUCUCCUUUAGUGAAAAUUAAGUUAGACCAUGAGUUUAAAUGGGAAGUGUGCCAUCAAGAAGCUUUUGACUUGCUCAAAAAAUACCUGACAAACCCUUCAGUGCUUAUGCCACCAGUGGCAGGAAAGCCUUUGAAAUUGUAUAUAUCAGUUUCUGACCUGUCGAUUGGUUGUUUAUUAGCUCAAGAAAAUGAUAUGGGUCAUGAACAAGCUAUUUACUAUCUAAGUAGAAGGCUAAAUGAUGCUGAAACUAGAUAUAAUUCUAUUGAGAAAUUGUGUUUAGCAAUUUACUUUGCAGCUAUUAAAUUGAGACAUUAUUUGCUACCAACAGAAGUGGGGAGACAGGGUAAAUGGAUAUUAGUAUUAAUUGAGUAUUGUCUCAAGUAUGUGCCACAAAAAGCAGUCAAGGGGCAAGUUUUGGCUGAUUUCUUGAUGGAACACCCUGGCACUUCUGUCGAUCUAGACCUAUAUGACGUCAAUUUGGUGGAAAGUGAACCAUGGAAGUUGAUGUUUGAUGGUUCAAAAACAGAUGAAGGAGUUGGAGCUAGUAUUGUGUUGAUUGCACCAAAUAAGCAAAUGUAUCAAUUUGCAUAUCAGUUGGAAGUACAACAUGUACAGUCAUGUAAUCAAGCUGAAUAUGAAGCUUUGAUAAUUGGCUUAGAGUUGGCCAUAGAAUUUAGGAUUAGAAGCCUCCAGGUUUUUGGAGAUUCCCAGUUAGUCAUUAAACAAGUUUUGGGAGAGUUCAAAUGUGUUAGUGGUGCUCUGGAAGAGUAUUUAAUUGAGGUCAAAUGGUUAAUUAGUUUCUUUGACCAUGUCACAUUCACACAUAGGUUUAGACUGGAGAAUAAGGAGGCUAAUGAGAUGGCUCAAGUAGUUUCUGGGCUAAAAAUACCUAAAGGAGCUCAGGAAAGGGUAAUUCGAAUUCAGAAAAGAAACUUUUCUGCACUUAAAAAUAGGUGUAGGAAUUUCCUACCUUUUCUCACUUUGGAUAUGACAGAAGAAGAUUGGAGAUUCUCUUUAAUAAAGUACCUAUCGAAUCCCAAUGAAAAAAGCAGUAGGCAGGUGAGGUUUCAAACCUUAAACUAUGUUGUCAUGGGAGAUGAUUUGUUUAGAAAAGCUCAUGAUGGUUUGACUCUACUUUGUAUUGGUAAAUUAGACCAAAUGAAAGUUAUGGCUGAAACACAUGAACGAAUUUGUGGGGCCCAUCAAGCUGGUUUGGCUUACCCUAAUAUAUCACUAUCGAUCAAGGAAAAUGGACAAGCUGAGGCAACAAACAAGAUUGUCAAGAAUACUUUAGAGAAAAUGAUUGAAGACAAUCCUACAGAUUGGCAUAAUCUUUUGUCAGAAGUGCUCUGGGCUUGUAGAAAUUCCAAAAGGAAUAAUACAAGUACAACUCCAUAUGAGUUAGUUUAUGGGCAUGAUGUUGUAUUACCUUUGAAAGUGACAGUGAGAUCCAAUCGACUGGCCAAGCAUUUGGAUAUUUCUAUGGAUGAAUAUUCAGAGGCACUAUCGAUUGAGUUGCAAGAUUUAGAAGGAAAAAGAAUUGUGGCUUUUAAUCAUUUGGUGGCUCAGAAAAAAGAAAGUUGA